GUCAGGGGCGGAAAUUCUCCGUUCACACUGCGUGGCUUACAAUCCUCCAAACCGUGUUUCUCACAACAUUCCCUGCUGGCCAGAGCGGAAUUGAUAUCGGGCGCUUUACCUAGUUACGCAUCUACAUCUACACCUAAACCUCAAAAGACUUCAUGUACCAUUAAUAAUCCGCAAUAA